UGCAGUUGACUGGUGGGGCUCUGAAACAGGAUCGAUAACCUCAGGGCUUUGACUCGUACAUCAUCUACAAUUCUCAUACAAACGGAAAUGUCUCAGUUACAAACAAAAAGCUUAAAGUUGAAUAAGAAUAAAACAGACUCUGUUUGUUGCCUUUGUUUACAUUUUCUAUGGCAGAGAUUGAAAGUGUGUUGAACUUUAAAAAAGACUGUUUGAUGAGAUUUUUACAAAACAGUACUCACAUUUGUACAGGCCAUGAUCAGCAAAUAGACAAAAGGCCCCACUUUGUCCACUGGGGAUGCCAAAAUUACUGCAAAUUAAAGAUUUGUUGGUUGCCUUAAAGUGACACUGCUACAUUUGAAAAAACAUGGUAGUCUUAAUGCAUAUAGCAGUGGUUUAUUUGAAAGUACACUUGCUUUUAUGGUGUUUCAUCACAACUUAUGUUUGGUUUGUCCCUAUUUCCUACAGUUUUAUCAUAAUAGUUAUUAUUACUAUUUUUCAUUUGUUAUGAAUAAAUUGAAUUUUGCCUUAUGUGGCCUCUGAAGAUUCCCAAAAAGGCAAUUUGAUAUCCAAACAAGACCAGAAUCUCUCUGAUCGAAUAAAAAAAAAACAGAUUGAGUCUUCUUUAAAAUCCAACGCAAUCAAAGUGAUGGAUACAUGAAAGGUCGCUGGAUGGGAGAUAGCAGACGUCAACAGACUCCUCAGUCAUGUCAGACAGGGUACAGCGCGGCCGAGGUAGCUUUUAUGAGGCCCCCAGUUGCCAAAUUCACUGCAUACACAAUCACUGCUUCCCCCUUGGCAGAGAGAUGAGAUUUGAUUUUCUUGAUGCACAAACUAGACUUCAGUGACUGAGGAGGUGUUGGAUAAAGUUGGCUUUCCUUCAGUGAUGGAUGUUCCUUCAGCUCCAAAUCAGCCAAGACAGGGGCGCUCAUCUGCAGCUAUGAUGCACUUAGAAACGGAUUCAAUCUACCUCCCUAGUGUGGCUAUUUAAAGAAGCAAUUAGUAUAAAAGAAAAAGACUUGCAUGUGCCAACAUCUUACUGUGGCCUCUCAUAACCACCAGGCUGAUUGAUAACUUCCCCUCUCCCGUCAGACUGAUUUAAGGGUUUUUGGCCUCGCCUACCAUGUCAGAUCACUGUAUUUCACUCAGACGUUCCGCGGUCCAUAUGAAAAGGCAGCCUAUUGACAAAACCCGCUAUGACUAGCUAUUGAUCUUGUACGCAACAGUUUUGGCCCCUCCUCCUGGCCCCUGAAAGGAUAAAUAUAUUGGCCAGAAGGACCCGAGACAGUGGAUUUUCUUGCCUUGCUUUGGGGGAACGCACAGCACAGCAUUAGUUUGGGACUAUAGGAUGAGUAGCAUGGAUAGAGUGACGGUUUGUAACAGCUGCUUGGGACUCCUGGGUUUGUUACUGCUACAGGGAGUGCUACAUGUGGAAGGGAGGAGCAUAUUUACCCCUGGUGAGUAUUCAGAAACUUUGAUGCAUAUAUUUAAUGAAAAUGCUGCAUGCACCUACUGUAACCCUUAAAAUUAGCCACACCGUUGGCUUAAUUGAUCAUUUUUCCUGCAGAUUAAGAGACUAUGACUCAGUUAAAACUGAGAUACCUCAGCUUUAUUUUCUAUCAUGUUUUUUAUACUUGGUGUUCUUAAAACUUCUCUUUGCUUUUGACAUUCAGGAAACCAUGUUUUUAAUCCAAAAGAAGACACAGAUCCACAGAGCAAGAUUCUAGCACUGUUACUACACAAGAGCUUAGUUCCUGUUGAAAAAGACGACCCUCUAGGUGAGAGAAGAAAUCCAGAUAAUCAAAUUAUGAUUCAGGAAAGUUGACUGCAUCCUUUCUUCUUUGCUUAUGAUUCAUUUUCCUCUCUGCAGGUCUUGAACUGGCCAAUAAAUUAGCUGAAUUAGAAGAGGUAAGAACGUCUACAGAUUUCAACUCUGAAAUUGCAAAUGUGUCAUGACUAACUGAACUGUCUGUAAAUUGUGAAUGUCUCUAGAUUAAAUGUAGGCAACUUGAUUUAAUUUCUGAAAAACCCAUGUAGUAAACAAAGUACACUAAAUGAAAACUUGUCAGACUACUUCCUCUAGAGAUAUUUAACAACACAAGGAUGACGGCUGCCUGUCUUGCGGUGUUUCAUCUCUAUGUUCUGUGUGCGUAGCUGCGGGCGCUGAGGGAGGAUCUGGAGCUGGAGAGGGAGAUUUCAGCCAAUCUAGCAGAAGGCAAAUCUAUAACCAGGAAGAGAGGAGAGCGUGAGUAAAAAUAAUCACACAAUUUGAUCAUUAUUCAUUUACAAUAACAGUUUUAAUGCUAACAUACAGCAAGAUGUUAACUCACUUUAUCCCCUCUCAUCUGCAGCCUGCUUCUGGAAAUACUGUGUCUGACAGACGGAGGAGCACUUCUGUAAAAUCUUGCUGCAAAGCCCAACAUAGCCUUAAGACUCAGUAAUAUAAUCACAUUGUAUUUAUCACAGCAAUAUACGUAUAUAGGUGUAUCUUGAGCCAAUUCAUCAAUAAAUCGAACAUUUCACUGCACUGAGGAGGGAUUUCAGUGUUUUUAUCUGUAAAUACUUAGCUGCUCACUGGAAAUACUUGAUGGUCUGACAUGACUAAGUGUACUUGACGGCGAGGACACAUUUCAUUAUCAGCAGGGAUUUUAGUUGCUCUCUGCUUGUGUUUCUGUUGCUCUCUUGUGGAAGAAUUGUGCAUAGCAUUUUUUUUUAACACUGCCCUCAAACAGUUGAUUUGUCACUGCUUUUAGAAACACAAUGCUGAACAUUUUACAAAUGAAAUAAAAUUAUUAUGUGAAUACAUUUUUUUGUCUUUUUUCAUGUAUCUGUAAACAGGAGUAUAUAUAAGCAGUCGAACAGGGUUUAAAAUAGUGUUUUCCUUGACUUCAAAUAAAAAACAUUAAAUGUUUUUCGUGCAACAAUUCUCAACCACAAUUCACAAAACAUUUAUUUUCAACAGUGAAAACAAGUGUCAGAGUGAAGGAAUGUCACAUGAGCUGCAGGUCUGUGAUGACAGGUGAAUUACUGUUCAGUUGACGUUGGUUCGAGCGGCUCUUUCAGGGGCAGGAGACAGACAUGAAUCACAAAGAUUGUCUAAAGAGUGAAUGAGCAGUUUUGAAAAGAAGUGAAUCACACAGAGGAUGACUAACACCAGAGUUUAUUUAGUCUACACUCCCGGCUGUACUCACUGCAGCAGAAGGGAAAGUGUUGAGCUUUGCUUUCGAGCAGUGAUGCUCUCAGGGGAUUUCUAUUGUUUCCAACUUGAACCAGACAUAAAUUGAAUAAACACAUACACAUUCACUUUAUAGUUCAACCCAUACAUAAUCACUGUUCAUCAGUUUGCCCAGGGACAAGCUGCUCGAUAUUUAUUAUUUAAAAAGCAAUAGAAAGUCUAGAAAAGUGCGCCAUUAGUCUAUUCACCAUUAACCCUUUUUUCCCUCACAAAUACAGAAUAGUAAUUACCUCUAUCUCUAAAUCCAAAAUCAAUAGCAAUUUCUCCCUUGUGAGAAGUCCAUCAAAGUUUAUGAAUCAAACAGUUCAAGUCAGCCAACAGUUGCCAGUAAUCUGUAUGAUUCUCAACUGACAUUUCUUUCUUUAAUACCAGCACAUGACUGACACGUUUAGAUAAAAGACUAAGACAAACAGACAGAGUACAGGCCAAUUGACUGACAUUUAUCUGUAUAAGUUCAGUCCACAGUAUGUAGCUCAAACUCUGUGGGCUUACACCAUCCUGUCAAGAUAAGUCCACAGGAAAUGACCCAGCAUCCCUCAUGUCACUCAUUUAAUGGUAACAUACCAUACAACACAGUGUCAAGUCAAGGAAAUCAUUUAGAUCAUAGGCUGAACAAUUUCUUACAACAAAAGAACUCCCAGGAUUGAAGCAUAUAAGCAAAGACGAACCAAAGAUCUGCUUUGAGUCCCGUACAUGAACUUGGUACAGAUGGUCCUCACAGAAAAGUGAGAAAGCAAACACAAAGUUUGAUGCACAGUUACGUGUCCCAUCUUUUGAAAACCACGUCACAGCAUUGAUGUUGAUAUGAGUUCAUUAAGGACUUUGAUGAGUAGUUUUAGUUUAUUUGCAGUAAAAUAUCACACAAUAGAAUAACAGUAUCCCCUUAAAAAUAGAGAGAGAUACCCUUAACACCCACUCGGGAUGU